AUGCAGCCAACAACUAUGCUUCCGAAACUAACAGAUACAACUCAAACAAUAUCAUUCUCAGAGGGUGAUGGAGUGUCUAGUUCUGAAGUUUAUGCAGCUGAUGUGGUUGUUACCACAAAUGCUGGUAGCCAUAACCAUGGUAGCUCCAAAGUUAAGUUGAAAAACCUUGUAGACUAUAAUUGGGAACCAAAGUUCUACCCUGGACAGUUAUUAGCUGUUCACAUAAGUGGAAAAUAUUUGGCCUAUAGUAUCAAAGCACCCAAUCCAGCUAACCCUGGCACAUGGAAUGGUAUGGUUCGUGUUGUAUAUAAUCCGGAGCCAGGUAUUGAUAGGAGAACCCUUAUCAAGGGUAUGAAGGGAGAGGUUCAAGACCUAGCAUUUGCUCACAUUCCUAAUCAGAUAGUGUUAGCUAGUAUUGACGAGAUGGGUAAUUUUUAUAUUCAUGAAAUUGAAGUCACAGAUACUGGACUAUGUUGCACAUUAUCAGUAGAAGUACGGGAAGACACAGGCGUCGGUGGCUCCACACAUCGUGUGGUGUGGUGUCCGUAUAUCCCUGAUGAAGACGAUGCACCUGAUGAUGAUGUCGCACGACUUUUGUUGACCACUCAUGCAAAUCAAGCGCGCAUGUGGAACAUACGAGGGGUGGUGUCUCUGUCGGGGGGCGCGGGGGGCGUGGGCGGCGCGUCGGUGUCGGCGGCGGGCGCGCUGGGCAGCGGCGCGGGGCGCGGCGCGGGCAGCCACGCCGGCGCCGUGCUCGCCGCCGCCUUCUCGCCCGACGGCACCGCGCUCGCCACCGCCGCCGCCGACGGAUACGUUAUGUUCGCUCAGGUGUACAUGAACAAUGAGAGCAGCCCCCGGUGCCUGCACAAGUGGCAGCCGCAUGGCGGCAAACCUCUCAGCUGCCUCUUCUUCUUAGACAAUCAUAAAAACUAUAAUACUGAUGUACAAUUCUGGAAAUUUGCCGUCACCGGCGCAGAGAACAACACAUCUAUCAAAAUCUGGUCAUGCAAGUCCUGGGACUGUUUACAAUCUAUCACCUUCUCCUCACCACUGAGUGGGGAUUCGCUGGGUAUGAAGGCAAUGCUGGACACCAGCGCUAACUACCUGUUGCUCUCCGACUUCAAGACUAGGAGUCUGUAUGUCCUCAACAUGGCAAGGGACAGUGACGAUACCAUGGCAUAUUGUAAGAGUAUAUCGGAGUUCUUGCUGCCAUAUCCCGUGCUGAGUUUCUGUAUUGUUGAUGCUGAUGAGCAGCUAGUGAAAUGCGAGUCGAGUUGCGACGACCCCUACCACAGGAACGGCUCCGGCGGCGACGCGGGCGACUCGCCCGACGGCUACGAGAUACAUCACGAUGAGGAAGGCAGUGGCGAAUGCGGCAGCGGCGGGCGACGCGUGCGCGUGCGCCUCUACAUCGUGCAGCCCAAGGGCCUGCAGGAGGGCGAGCUAGUGUACGCGCCGCCGCACGCGCCGACGGGGAUACCCUUGCAUGAUCUUGAGGAGCUAACACUGGAAGAGAGCUCGGAGGCGAGCGCGAUGCCCUCUAGCAUCCUGCAGCAGCAGACGCAGCAACUCAAAAGCCUACUCAUGAGGUCGCAGACACAACCAGGCAGUUUAAUUGGUCAACGUCCAGAAUCUCCAUCCUCCCACCCGCAACUCAAUCUCAUGACCCCAGAUGCAUUCAGCUCCCCAGGCAAGAGAGACGAUGAUGACCCACCUCUGUCAGCUACUCCGGAAAUCACCGCGAAGCCCAGGAUGUCUAUUGGAGGCAUAUCAGAGGAUCAAGUGGCGCCGGGCGUCGAAGGCAAAGCGUCAGGCGGCUCCAGCCCCAGCCGCGAGGUGCGAGAGAUAAUGUCGCAAAACGACCGGCCUUUCUUUAACGACAUGGAGGAGGAAGAAGAAGAAGUGAAGGAAGCGAGCCCUACCCGCGAGCAGGCGGGCGCGGGUGGCGCGAGCGAGCCGUUGUUCGCGCCCGAGCUGUACACUUCGCCGGAGAAGCCGCCCAAGCUCACGCAUGCCAACAGCGACACGUCGUGGCCGCAGAUAUCGCUCGCACAAAUAACAGAAGCGAACCAACGCAAAGCCUCCAGCGAGAAGUCGAGCACGCAGUCGCUCAGCGCGCCGCUCCCAGCACCAUUGAGCACGUCAUCGCUCACAACGUCCCUCAACGCUUCGCUUUCAACGUCCUUGAACGCUUCGCUUCCGACGCCUUUGAACGUUUCGCUUCCAACGCCUUUAAGCGCUUCGCUCCCGACGCCUCCUAAUCCUUUAGUACCUCUGACAGUCCCCGAGAGAGUAACGGAACGUAUAGAACGUAUUGUGGUAGAUGAAGCUACGAAGACUAAAUUGGAAUCAUUGGAGCAAAAACUAGAUAAGUUGACUGAGUUGAUGUCGGCGCAGUCGCGCGAGCUGCGCGCGCUGCGCGGCGAGGCGGCGGCGCCGCGCGCGCAGCUGGAGGAGGCCCUGGCGGCGCACGCGCAGCGCACCGCCGCCGCCGUCGACGUCGCGCUCGGCGCCGGGUGGGAGCGCGUGUCGCGGCUGGGCGAGGCGGCGGGCGCGGCGGCGGCGGCGGCGGCGGGCGCGGGCGCGGCGCGCGCGCUGGAGCCGCUGGCGCACGCGCUGCAGCACGAGCUGGCCGCCAAGCUGUCCGCCACCGACCGCCUGCUGCGCGACAACAUCGACAAGCUCGUCACCAGCAAGACGGUGAUGGAGAGGCUGAGCACGUCGAUCGCGGCGUCGCUGUCGGAGAUGGUGCGCGAGGCGUUCCGCGCGGCGCUGUUCGAGAGCGUGGUGCCCGCCAUGGAGAAGGCGCACGCGCAGAUCUUCCGCCAGAUCAGCCACACCUUCCAGGCCGGGACCAAGGAGUUCGCGGCGAACACGGAGGCGGCGGCGCGCGCGGCGGCGGAGCGCGGCGGCGCGGCGGCGGCGGCGGCGCUGCAGCGCGCGCUGGAGCGCCACGCCGACGCGCUGCAGCAGAGCGCGCUGCAGCCGAGGCUGUACGCCGACCAGCUCAAGGACGUCGUGCACGGUAUACUGGAGAAGGAAGUAGUUUGGUGGCGCGAGCAGGCGCGCGGCGCGCUGCAGGCGUCGCGCGCGCACUCGCCCGCCACGCCCGCCGCGCCCUCCGUCGCCGACCGACAGAUGCAAGUGUCCCAGAUCCAGUCGCUGAUGAUGGGCGGCGACGUGAACGGCGCGUUCCAGCUGGCGCUGUCGGCGUCGGACCUGGCGCUGGUGGUGGCGGCGUGCCGCGCGGCCGAGCCCGCGCGCGUGUUCGGCCCGCCCUGCCGCCUGCGCCAGCACGUGCUGCUGUCGCUCGUGCAGCAGCUCGCCGCCGACAUGGCGCGGGACACGCACCUCAAACAUAGGUACUUAGAAGAAGCAAUCAUGAAUUUAGACACAACAAACCCAGUUACCCGAGAACAUUUGCCCAUUGUAGUCCGAGAGCUUCAGAAGCAAAUUGUGGCAUUCCUUAACUCUAAUCCCGGACACGCACUCAGCAGGCAGUUCAGAAUGCUGCUGAUGGCUACUGAGUCACUGGUGAAGAAUGCCGUC